CUUCACCGUUCUCCUCAUCUUCUCACACUCCUCUUUCACUCAUCUCCUCGUCUUCGCAUCGUCUCUUCUGCAUCGAACGGCUCUAUUACUACGCUCUCUACCAUCACACGCACAUCCCGCACCACUCACGUCUCCUCGUCUUCUUGAGUUGCCGCAGAUCUACGGAUUCGAAAGGCCAAGAAUACAUUCCCCGCAGCCACCCCCGCGUGUCGCACAGCUCUCUACCAUCUCAACACUGCCGCCGCCGCUGCGCGCAUCUCGCACCUCCUCAACUCUCUCGAUGCCGCCAUUUUCAUAAUAUCCAUUCCCUCCUCCCUCUUUUCGAACCCCUCACAGAUACGAGCCACAGCUUGAGAAUCCCAUCUAGCACCACUGCGAUCAUCACGACGAUGUACGUGUCGGCCCUCGUGCUCGUGCUCCUGCCGCUGGCUUUCGGUCUCGAAGAGCGCGACCUUCACCAACUUGACCUGCGCGACCUUCCUGCCCACGCUCCCCAGCGCGCUCGAGGCUACCGCGCUUGCGCAGGGUCGAGGCAUAGCAAGCGUGCCCCCGCCCCUCACCUCAGCGUCGGAGGACUCUCUGUUGGCGUCCACGAGCAGGAGCGCCCAAAGCUCGAGCGCCGCGCUGCCAACGGAUCUAUCAUCGCCCUUGGCUCGGCCGCUAACACAUACGUCGUCCCGAUCGGCCUUGGCACGCCAGGGAUCGCCUACCCGCUGCAGCUCGACACAGGUAGCUCGGAUCUCCUCCUUGCAUCGUCAGGGUGCGGACACAACUGCCCCGAAGACACCGAGUCCACGCCCUACUACGACCUCAAGUACCACUCAUCCUCCUUCGUGGCUGUGGGAAACAACGACACGUUGUGGCAUAGCGCAUUUGGCGAUGGCACGGUCGCCAGCGGUUUUGUUGCGCGUGAGCGUGUCGGCAUCUCUACCGUGUCCAUCGACGGGCAGGUGUUCGGGCUCAUGAACUCAACCAACCUUACAAUGUCCGAGCAGCAGAUAUCCGGCAUCAUUGGCCUCGGCUUCCCCCGCCUCUCGACGCUUUCACGGAUCUUGCUGCAGUCAAAUGCUGCUUCGCGUGGCGCGGCGCCCGCGCCGUCAUCGGUCCAUGCUGCAGCGAGUCAGAUGGAGGACCUCACCGGGUCCACAUCAAUAGGUACACCUUCCUCAACCCCCGACUCUGUGCUGGGCGGGCAGAGUCCAUCACCCGCCCCCGAGCGCCGCCAACAGAGCAGCGCAGUUGGUCAGAGCGCCAGCCCCAGUGCCAAUUCUAGCGCCGGCCAGUCGGCGUAUCUUUCCCCGGUUCUGGAGUCGCUCGUCACUCAGGCUCUUGUGCCCUUCCCCGCGUUUGGUCUCGCGCUCUCGCCUCCCGCCAACUACUCGUUCCCUGCUCCCGACGCAGUCUCCAAUGGGGCACGCAGCCGUUACUCUCUCCGAGUCGGCUCGCUGACCAUCGGCGGCGUCUCAGAGCUUUACGUUUCGUCCAAUUCGACAACGGGGCGGACUGUCAACGACAUCGAAUGGCACCCGGUCGUGCCGUUUGCACCUCUGAAUACGACCGGGGCAGGUCCGUCGUUGUCGCCGUCCGCAAUGCCCUCGCCAUCGGGUGUUGGGGGAGUCCCGCAGUCUCUGGCUGAGCUUGAGAGCGAGAGUUACCUGUACUGGGCGCUUCAGAUGACUCACGUUGCGGUCAACGGCACUGCGAUGCCUGUAAACUCGACAUAUCGCAGCCAAGGCAUUCCGUCCAUCGCGGUUAUCGAUGCAGGAUCUAACGGCCUGUACGGACCUGAGCAGGAUGUCGCUCAGAUCUUCCGCAACAUCAAGAUGGCGCGGCAGGUAGCGACUGGCCAAUGGGCUGUGCCCUGCGAUACCAAAGCAACGCUCGGCUUCUCAUUUGGAGGGCGAUUUGUCACCCUACAACCCAGUGACUGGAUGUACGCCGCUGUGGCCGGCUCCUCCUUUUGCCUCGCGUGGCCGGUGGCCGUGCCGCAGACUGGUGACGGUGUCGAUUGGACGCUGGGCACACCCUUCCUGCGCAGCACGUACACCAUGUUCAACUACGGCUUCAACGGCGGGCAAGCGCCGCAGAUUGGAUUCCUUCCCCUCCAGGACGCUGCACCAGCAUCAUCGAGCAGCGCGCCUGUACCUGUCACCCCAGCAUCCAUGACGCAGACGGUUGGCACGACGCUCCCGAACUACCUCAUCACGGGGCCCAACUACCCCGUGCCGUCGUACAUAUUCAACACGCCCGCUCCGCAGACCGGCGCGCCGCAGACAAUGGGCCUCGCGCCCGCUAGCUUGUACUCGGCAUCUACGCCGCCCGUUGUCAGCCUCCUCAGUGCGCGUCCCAGCACCACAGCCACGGCGAGCGUACCCGACGUACCUGGCUGGCCUGGUGACUCGGCUGAGCACGCUACGAGUGGGGCGGCGACGGUAAGCGUCGGCGCUGUGGUGGUUCUUGGGGCCGUGCUCGCUGCUGCUCUGUAAGACAAUUGUAUCAUUGGACAGUGGCUGGAUAUUGUAUUCUAGAGGGCGCCGCCGAGAUAAUAUAUAAUGCAUAAACUUUGGCGGUG